CGCACACCCCUGCACAACCUCCCGCCUGCCGCCGCCCUCGCGAGGCCGAAGCGGGAGCGACGAGGCCCGGGCGGGAGUCGGGAGCGCAGCCGGCAUGGAGACGCUGCUGCUGGGCGCCGGGCUGCUGCUGGGCGCCUACGUGCUUGUCUACUACAACCUGGUGAAGGCCCCACCGUGCGGCGGCAUCGGCAGCCUGCGGGGCCGCACGGCCGUGGUCACGGGCGCUAACAGCGGCAUCGGGAAGAUGACAGCGCUGGAGCUGGCGCGCCGGGGAGCGCGCGUGGUGCUGGCCUGCCGCAGCCGGGAGCGAGGGGAGGCGGCCGCUUUCGACCUCCGUCAGGAGAGUGGAAACAAUGAGAUCAUCUUCAUGGCCUUGGACUUGGCCAGUCUGGCCUCAGUACAGGCCUUUGCCACUGCCUUCCUGAGCUCUGAGCCAAGGCUGGACAUCCUCAUCCACAAUGCAGGGAUCAGUUCCUGUGGCCGGAUUCGGGAGGCCUUUAACCUGCUGUUGCGAGUGAACCACGUUGGGCCCUUUCUGCUGACACACUUGUUGCUACCCCGCCUGAAGUCAUGUGCCCCCAGCCGUGUGGUGGUAGUGUCCUCGGCCGCCCACCGGCGCGGUCGCCUCGACUUCACACGUCUGGAUUGCCCAGUGGUGGGCUGGCAGCAGGAGCUUCGGGCAUAUGCUGACAGCAAACUAGCCAAUGUGCUGUUUGCCAGGGAGCUUGCCACCCAGCUUGAGGGCACUGGGGUUACCUGCUAUGCGGCCCACCCAGGACCUGUGAACUCCGAGCUCUUCCUGCGUCACCUCCCCGGAUGGCUGUGUCCUAUAUUGCGCCCACUGGCUUGGCUGGUACUCCGGGCCCCUCAAGGGGGUGCCCAGACACCCCUGUACUGUGCUCUGCAGGAGGGCAUUGAGCCCCUCAGUGGGAGAUAUUUUGCCAACUGCCGUGUGGAGGAGGUCUCCCCAGCUGCUAGAGAUGACCAGGCUGCCCACAGGCUAUGGAAAGCUACCAAGAAGCUGGCAGGGCUUGGGCCUGGAGAGGAUGAUGAUAGCCCUGAUGAAGAGCCCCGACCUCAGGAGGAUCUAGGGGCCCCAUCUUCUCUGGAUGCCCCCAGCUCUGAGAAAACCACAGUUUCUGGACCUUCUCAGAGCUCUCAGGGCUCACCAGACUUGUCUACAUUGACACAGCGAAGAAUUCAGAUGAAGGCUGAGCCUACACACUAACUUUCCUAACCCGUCGGCUAGAAUGCUUCUGUAGUGCAGUAGGACCCCUCAAAACCUCAGCUGUGUGCCUGGCCACGGAGGGGUUGCCACAUUUACCUUGGUGGUUCAGUUUGGGGACCUCUUAUGUCCUAAACAGCCCUUUUCCUAGUGAAAGGAAAUAAGUACUACUUCCUAAAACGGACAGUAAUCCCAGGUCCAGGGAUGAUAUGUCAAGACACUGGAUUGCUUUUGGAAUUUGAUUUUCCGGUUUCUGGGCUCUUCCCUGAAUAAUGAUCCGCCCCGGGGAAGGGCUGGGGACUUUGCCGCUGAUGCACUGUUGAUGUUGAACGUUCCUGAACCAAGGGAGCCCUUUGCAACUUUCUAGCUAGGUAGUUCCUUGACCCCCAUUUUACCGAGGCAGGACUAGGAAAGGACUCAGGGCAGAGACUGGUUAUUUGAGCCCCGGGGUCUGCUGUAAGGCAGGUGCCCGAGGGGACGCCGCUCAAGGAGUUACUACUACUGAUGGGCCCCAAAGGUGCUAGGGGGGCCAAGCCCCCUGGAAUAAAGCGAGUUGACCACA